AAAACCCUAGCUAUCCACACCACUCUCCUAUUAACACAGUUUCUUCCUUCCUCAGACCUGUGCAUUGCUUCUGUGCCGCUGCAAACUCUCUCUUCUGUUCCGCUUCCAUCUCCGAUGGCUUCAGAGAAGAAACUGUCGAACCCCAUGCGGGAAAUCAAGGUUCAGAAGCUCGUGCUCAACAUCUCCGUUGGUGAGAGUGGCGAUCGUCUCACCAGAGCUGCAAAGGUGUUGGAGCAGCUCAGUGGCCAAACCCCCGUGUUUUCCAAAGCGAGGUACACUGUCCGUUCUUUUGGUAUUAGAAGAAAUGAAAAGAUUGCCUGCUAUGUCACUGUCCGAGGUGACAAGGCAAUGCAGCUUUUGGAGAGUGGAUUAAAGGUGAAGGAAUAUGAGCUUCUGCGAAGAAACUUUAGCGAUACUGGCUGUUUUGGAUUUGGUAUUCAGGAGCAUAUUGAUUUGGGAAUCAAGUAUGAUCCUUCAACUGGUAUCUAUGGAAUGGACUUCUAUGUUGUUUUGGAGCGCCCUGGUUAUCGUGUUGGACGCCGUCGUCGAUGCAAGUCUCGUGUGGGGAUCCAGCAUCGGGUCACCAAGGAGGAUGCAAUGAAGUGGUUCCAGGUGAAAUACGAAGGUGUGAUCCUUAACAAGGCACAGACGAUUGUUAGUUAAAUUGGGACUAGUUUGAGGAGUUUACAAGUUUUGUUAUUUUUAAUUUGAUGUUUCUUGAGAUAGUAGCUUAAAUUUCUGGGAUAUUAAUGCGUUUGUCAUAUGAUCUGUUAUAAAGUAUUUAUUUCUGAUCAUUUAUUUUUGACAUCUAUGUUAAAAUCAUGCUUUUGACAAGUAUUCAAUAUUCUACAUUUUGCUU